AUGUAUAUUAACACAGCGUGGAUGAUUAAUGGCACUCCCUGCUGGGCAUUGAUUGAAGGCAAGUAUUAAAGAGGGAAUUUAUAAAAAUUGUUAAACCAAAGAAGUGAAGCUAGAAUCCUAUUGUAGGAGGAUAAAAUUUGCGAUGUUCCCGUAAAUCAAGUUUACCGGGCCAGCAAUCACAAAACAAUCGAUUUAACAGAAUUGCCUUAUCUUAAUGAACCUGAAAUUCUAUCUAAAAUCAAAAAUAACGUUUAUCUUGAUCGAUAAGUUCUGAUCUAGAGUGUCAAUACAUCUCUUGUCGAUUAUAUUCAAUACAAAAAGUAUAUUGAUGAAAGAUUAAUCAUUAAUCAAGUACCUCCACAUAUUUUCUCAUCUUUGUUUUUUGCAUACAUAAAUUUGGAUUUGGGAAAAAGUUCACAACUAUUUAUUACUGGAAAUUAAGGAUAUGGAAAAACAUAAAUUAUAACUGAUCUUGUAAGCUUCUUAAGUAAGGAUUAUAUUGUUUAUUAUAAUUUAAUCAAGGCCUUAAUAACAAACAAGAAUGGACAUACCCAAGGAGUAGUAAAUUAUAGAUUCAUCUAUAAAUAAAAACAAUUGGUUGGCUUUGUAGUACAAUUAUAUUAUAUUGAUAUUUCUGACUAUGAGAACAUGGAAUAUUUUUAAUAAAACUGGGAGAAUUUGCCUAAUGUUGAAAUUUAAAAGGCCGUGUAAGCAGAAAAAAAGAUUGAAAAUGGAGAACAAUACUAAUAGUUUGUGUAGCAGAUUAUUGAUAUAAUGAAUGGUUUAACCUGUUUAAAUGACAAUAUCUUGAUGAUAAGUAUUUUAGAUUAUCCUGGAUAGACCAAUCUAAUUUCCAAUUAUAUCUCAGAGUAAAUUGAGUAGAUAUACCUUUAACACACUUUUAAGAAUUGNGUUUUAGUAAAGCUGAACAUCUCAAAAUCUAUAGGAAAUUUAGGUGUUUCUUCAACCAUUUUGAUUAUUUAGGUAUCAAAUUCUUCUAAAGGUGUAUCGAUUGGUUGA